AUGCGCCAGUUUAAUCCUAAUUGGUAUAAGGGUCGUCGUAAGUGGUUGGAGUACAGUAUAACAAAAUAUGCUGCAUAUUGUUUGUGUUGCUAUUUGUUCCAAAAUGAACAUGAAAGUAAUGGAAAUACGAGUGAAACUUAUACAAAAGUUGGCUUUAAAGCUUGGAACAAGGCUCUUGAAAGAUUUAGAGCUCAUGUUGGAAAGGUAAAUAUCAUCUACAACAAGUGUUUUAACAGGAUCCUUGAUUUAAUGAAUCAAUCACAGUCAAUUCAAACUGCCUAUGACAAGAAACUCGAAAAAGACAAAAGUGAAUCGCGACGUCGCUUGAGUGCUUCAGUCGAUGUGACAAGGUUUCUCUUAAGACUAGGAUUAUCAUUCUGUGGGCAUGAUGAGAGUCAAUGUUCUUCCAAUAGAGAAACAAUCAAAGCCAUCAUUGAAGACCUGGAUGGGGAUUAUUUCGGGAUACUAGUUGAUGAAUCAAAGGAUAUAUCACACAAGGAGCAAAUGACAAUUGUUCUGAGAUAUGUUAACAAAGAAAGCGAUGUAGUAGAGCGAUUUGUUGGUAUUAUUCAUGUUAGUGAUACAUCUGCUCCUUCAUUAAAGGAGUUAACACUUGUAGCUCCUGCAAAGAAGAAUUCGAAUGUAGAUGAUUUUUUUUGUAUAGUUACUAAUGUGUUAAAUAUUGUUGGAGCAUCUUUUAAGUGCAGAGAUUUGCUUCGAGAACAUCAAGCUGAAAAGUUAGAGGAACAGCUCAUAUCAGGUGAAGUGCAUACUGGGCGAGGAUUAAAUCAAGAACGUGGGCUUCAACGACCAGGUGAUACUCGUUGGGGUUCUCAUUAUAGAACAUUAGAUAAUCUCAUUGUCCUAUUUCCAUCAAUCAUUCACGUGCUUGAAUUUACUGGACGUGAGUGUCCUAAUUAUACUGACAGACUUGUUGCUACAAGUCUUGUGAGUACGGUUAAGGAAUUUGAUUUUACUUUUAUGUUGCACUUGAUGUGGAAAGUUCUAAUGAUGACAAAUGAGUUGAGCUCCUCAUUACAAAGGAUGGAUCAAGAUAUUGUCAAUGCUAUGGGACUUCUCGCUCUUACAAAGCAAAGAUUACAAAAAAUGAGGGAUAGUGAAUUCGAAUUAUUAAUGGAUGAUGUCUCUUCCUUUUGUGAUAAAUAUGAUAUAAUCAUUCUGAAGAUGGACGCUAGCUACUUUCCUGGAAGAUCGAAGCGUAGAUCUCUUGAUCUUACAUAUUCUCAUCAUUUGCGCGUUGAUAUUUUUUAUGCUGUUAUUGAUUUACAUCUUCAAGAGCUUAAGAAUCGUUUUGAUGCUCUGAGUACUGACUUACUUCUCGGUAUGGCUAGUCUGAAUCCAAUUAAUUCAUUCGGAAAUUUUGAUAAGAACAGGAUAAUGAGGUUGGUUGAAUGUUAUAUGAAUGAAUUUUCUAGUAGCAAGCUUCGGGAUCUCAGCUGUCAACUUGAUAGUUUUAUAGUUUAUGCUCGUGGUUCUGACAAGAGGUUCUUCAACUUGAAGGGAAUUAGUGACCAUGCAAAAUUGUUGGUUAAAUCAGAUUUUCAUCAAAGCUGGCCACUUGUUUAUUUGCUUAUCAAGUUGACUCUCAUUCUUCCCGUUGCUACUGUGUAUGUGGAACAGGCUUUCUCCUCCAGGAAGCACAUCAAAAAUGAGCUUCGUAACAGUAUCGGUGAUGAAUUUUUGAAUGGUUGUUUAUCGAAUAACAACCAUGACUUUACUCCGGCGGUUGUUAAAGCCGUCGAUGCCGCUGCCGUUGCUCCUGUUGAUGAUGAUGAUGAGAGUCCAUUAACAAAAAGACCAGCAAUGGAGUUAUUCCACAAAGCAAAAGCAGCACGUUUACAAAGUCAUCAUGACAAGUAUUUAGCAGCUGAUGAAGAUGAAGAAUCAGUGACACAAGAUCGUAACGGUGCUUCAAAAAAUGCAAAAUGGUUUGUUGAAUUUGUGGAAAAAAUAGACAAUGUUAUACGUUUAAAAAGUUGUUAUGGAAAGUAUCUUACUGCUUCAAAUCAAUCUUUUCUUCUUGGUAUGACUGGUAUGAAAGUCUUGCAAACUUUGCCUCAAAGACUUGAUUCCUCAAUGAGGAGGUUUUUUUCCAGUUUGUUCUGGUGGUUCGGUAGGGUUUUGGAGUGGAGCAGGAUGGUGGAUCGGAAGAAAGGCGGCGGAAGAAGGAGGAGGGUUUUUCUAGUUGUUGUGGUGGUUCGGUAG